AUGAUUCCCUCUACUACCUCUCUUGCGCUCUUCAGCGCCAUCCUUGGCGCUGUCUCGGCUGUUCCUCCUCCUCAACCGGGCCGUUUUACCGUGAACCAGACUCGCAACGCCAACUUCAGGCGACACGGCCCAGCUCAAGUGGCCAAGACCUACCUGAAAUAUGGACGUCCCGUGCCUGCUGAGCUAGCCGUUACUCUCGGGAUGACAAACUCCAAGCGUAGCCACGGCUCCGUCGCCACCGAUCCACAGCAAUAUGACUCAGAAUGGUUGACUCCCGUUCAAAUUGGCACUCCCGCGCAAACUCUGAACCUAGACUUUGACUCGGGUUCCUCCGAUCUCUGGGUCUUCAGUACAGAUACCAGUUCAAGAUACGUCAACGGUCAGACGCAGUACAGCCCUAGCAAGAGCAGUAGCUCCAGCAAGCUCCAGAAUGCCAGGUGGUCAAUAAGCUAUGGAGAUGGCAGCUCAUCUAGCGGCAUUGUGUACACCGACGUUGUCAAUAUCGGCGGCCUUUCCGUCUCGAAGCAGGCCGUUGAGUCUGCUCAGACUGUCUCUACCUCCUUCACGCAAGAGAGUGAUCUUGACGGCCUGCUCGGCCUUUCGUUCAGCAGCCUCAACACCGUCACCCCUACACAGCAAAAGACAUGGUUCGACAAUAUCAAGGGCAGCCUUGACUCUCCCGUCUUCGCCGUUGACUUCAAGGCUGGCGGCGUGCCCGGUAGCUACGAUUUCGGCUACAUUGACAGCUCUAAAUACACUGGUUCGAUCGCGUACACCUCUGUAAGUACCCGUCAGGGCUUCUGGGAGUUCACCUCUACCGGCUACGCUGUCGGCAGCGGCUCCUUCAAGUCGACGAGCAUUGAUGGCAUCGCCGAUACAGGCACCACCCUAUUGUAUGUGCCUAGCUCCGUCGUCAGCGCCUACUAUUCACAGGUCUCGGGCGCCAAGAACGACAGAUCCGCCGGCGGCUACACUUUCCCUUGCAGCGCCUCCCUGCCUGACUUUACUUUUGGUAUCGGCUCCGCCCGGAUCGUCAUUCCCGGCGAGUACAUCAACUACGCGCCUUACACGGGCAAUACCUGCUUUGGUGGUAUCCAGUCCAGCUCUGGCAUCGGUAUUAACAUCUUCGGUGAUGUUGCGCUCAAGGCUGCUUAUGUUGUUUUUGACAGCAAUGGACCCCGCCUUGGCUGGGCUAGCAAGAGCCUAUAA